AUUAAAGAAUGUUCUAAGAUUUGAUGCAUUACUCUUCAAUAACUAUGCACGUAAUACAUAGAGUAAAACUAUUUUAAAUUAUAUAAUUAGUGGAGAAUCGGGAUUAGUGAGUGCAGGGUUUGAUCAUAAUAUUUGAGAGUUAAAAUGAAUCUUGAUAAGAAAAUAGAAGAAGAGUACUUCUUGAUGAGUUUGGCUUCAAUUUUGUUGAAGAAACCUUUUUCAUGGGUCUCUCUCCUCGCCCCUCCACUUCUUCAUAUCUUUGGCCUUCGUUUCUUACACCUCCUCACUUCUGCUGCUUUAUUCUUCUCCUCUUUCUUCUUCCCAAUCUCACUUACUCAUUCUUCACUCCAAUCAUCAAAACAAGAUCAAGAUCAAGAUCAAAAACGAGACUAUAUUGCCACCGAAGAUAUUACCGUGAAAUCGGAGGAUAACCUUGAGACGACCAAUGAAGAGGAUGACGAUGGCGCAAUCCCCGAUGAUGAGAGUCUCAUAGAGUUGUCUUUACCGAGUGGUCACUAUGUUGGUCACCACUACACUAGUAACAAGAACAAUCUCUAUCUCCACAACAAGGUUCAAGAUUUCCCGCUCUUUGACCUAUUAACCGAGUUAAAUGAUUUUAUCGAAGAAGAUAAUCUCAUUGAAAUCGAUAUCUCCAUCGGAUCCAUUAAGUAUUCAAGGUUUGAGAUCAAAGCUUGAUGUAUUUACAUCCAAUGUUUUUCUUCUUCUUUUUUUUGUGCACAAUAUCCGUUGCUUUGCAAAGAAGAUCUGUCUUCCUUUUUUUUCCCCAUGUUGGGGAUUUCGUAUAAUUAUUAUCUGAAUAAAACUCAGAUGGCAAA